UUAUCGAUAGGCAAUAGAAUCCAGAUGUGAGAGAAUUUUUGUGUUGUUUUGGCCAACUAAUUGGGCCCUGAUUCUUCCUGCUUUUGCCACUCGGACACACGGGCACUGUGACCCUGCUUGGAGGAGCCUUUCCAACGGGGUCGAAUGGCGCGCAAUGUGCUCGAGAGCAGCCUGCUGGGCGCCGGCUUCAGCAUCAUCUUUCAGAUACUGUGCCGCAUCCUCACCUUCGGCAUCAACGCGUACAUCGUGCGACAUGUGGGUCGCGAGGUGCUGGGCAUCAUGAACGUGCGCCUGCUGCUCCUGGAGAGCACCCUGCUCUUCCUGUCCCGCGAGGCCAUCAACCGGGCGGCCCUGAGCGCCAAUGCCCAGCAGGGCGACCGCUGCUCCUGGGCGCAGCUGAUCAACCAGAUGUGGCUCACGGUGCCCAUCUGCGCUGUUCUGUGUGCUCCUUGCUUGUACAUCUGGCUUAAUUGGCUGUCGGCGGUGGACGCCAUCUACGCCUCGCAGUACGAGUUCGCCUGCUAUGCCGUGGCCUUCUCCUGCGUUCUAGAACUGCUAGCCGAGUCUGCUGUGUUUGUGGCUCAGGUCUUUUGCUUUGUAAAGCUGAAGAUCCUGCUGAAUACGCUGCACAUUCUUGUGCGUUCCGCCAUCUUCCUGUGGAUCGUCACCGGUGAUCGCAGUGCAGCAAUCAAUGCCUUCGCGAUUGCUCAGCUCUCCAGCGCUGUGACCAUUGUCCUGGGUCAAUAUGGCUUCUUUUACUUUUACCUGAAGGGCUUUAAGGAUUUCGUGGCCCAGCAGGCGAGAAAGAAGCCGGUGACUCCGAAAGCGUGGCAGGUUUCCCUCUACGAGCACAUGGAUGACUUCCCCUUCAAGCAGCUGAACGAUUUUCUGCCCGGCGUGAUGUUCAAUCCGAAUGGAAAGCAUUUCAACCGGGAACUGCAAACGCUAACCCUGAGCUUCGUGAAGCAGGGCGUGCUCAAGCAAAUCCUCACGGAGGGCGAGAAAUAUGUGAUGUCCGUGUCGCCGGUGCUGAGCUUCGGGGAACAGGCCACCUACGAUGUGGUUAACAAUCUGGGCAGCAUGGCGGCCCGUUUCAUCUUCCGGCCCAUCGAAGACAGUUCGUACUUCUACUUCACGCAGACGUUGACCCGGGACACCAAAUUGGCCAAGCAGCCGCAGGAGCGCGUCCGCCAGGCAAGCAGUGUCCUGAACAAUCUGCUCCUGGGCGUGAGCUCCAUUGGCCUGAUUGCGUUUACCUUCGGGCAGAGCUACUCGUAUCCAGUGCUGCUGCUCUACGGCGGCCCAGACUUUGUGGCCGGUGGUUUGCCGCAGAGCCUGCUGCAAUGGCACUGCCUGGCGAUCUAUCUGCUAGCCGUGAAUGGGAUCAGCGAGGGAUAUAUGUUCGCCACGAACACCAGUCGGGAUAUCGACAAGUACAACUAUCUUAUGGCCAUCUUUUCGAUCAGCUUCCUGGUGCUCUCCUACAUUUUGACGGGGAUCUUUGGCCCGGUGGGCUUCAUCUUCGCCAACUGCAUAAACAUGCUGAGCAGGAUUCUGUACAGCACCUAUUAUAUCAGGCAUCAGUAUCGACCGCUUUCGCUGGAUCCGCUGCUGGGCCUCUGGCCGGGAAAACUCUUCGGAGGCACGCUCUUCCUGGCCGGGAUAGUCUGUUACUGGUACCAAAGUUCUGGCCUUGCCACACAUCUGGGCGUGGGUGUCCUGGCUGGGCUGGCCUGCCUUCUGUCCUGGGCACUGUCCCAUCGGGAUCUGGUGCGUCUGGCCUGGCGUUAUGGACGCCGCAUCAAGAUCGAUUAGGGGCCUUGCCGUUUGGAUUGAUUUCCUCGCUUCCCUCGCACAGAUGAACCGCAAUAAAACGCACAGUUUGAGAAAUACCGACAUAUUUAUACAUAGCUGACAAUUGUAAAUUAAUUCCAAAAUUAAGUUGUGUACUUAUUGAGUGUUUGUAGAGCCUUGAUUGCUUAUUUAACGUUAAGACAUGCAUUAAAAGACAACGAUUACUGUUUACAAAGUAUUUUUUAAAAUUA